UCCUCCCUCCUCACUUCACCUGAGUCCUCUCUACUGACACCAUGUGUUGCUGUGGUUGUGGAAGUUGUGGUGGCUGCGGUGGUGGCUGUGGUGGUGGCUGUGGUGGUAGCUGCGGUGGUGGCUGCGGUGGUGGCUGUGGCAGCUGCACCACCUGCAGGUACUACCGGGUGGGCUGCUGCUCCAGCUGCUGCCCCUGCUGCCGCGGCUGCUGUGGAGGCUGCUGCAGCACACCCGUGAUCUGCUGCUGCCGCCGUACCUGCAGCUCGUGUGGCUGCGGCUGUGGGAAGGGCUGUUGCCAACAGAAAUCCUGCUGCCAAAAGCAAUGCUGCUGCUAGGCAGGGCACCUGCCUCUGGAAGAGUUUGCUGCAUCUUGCUUGCCCAUUGUAAGCCUUCCCCCCACCUCGCCCUGGUUCUCUUUCCAUCACUGGGAGUCACGUGACUGGGAGUCACGCAAGGGCUGUAGAUUUGAUACCCUCCUCUCUGUCACAUCACAAAUCUAUAAUUUCAAAAUAUUGAGUGAUAUUCAUGUGAACAAUGAAAACUAUGAAAGCAAGGGACAGCCCAGCUCCUGCAAACAAUUCAUGGUUGAAGAAAUGGAAAAUGAAAUCAUAGUUACUAACUUUUUUAUGUAUUUCUGAAAUUCCUUAACACAAACUUCAGUGCCUGCCUUCUUUUCACUGUGCUGUAAAUUACAUGCUAUUUCUACUCUAUUCUCAUAUCCAGCAGUUCUGUACUGCUAAAAACUAAAUGCACAGAAUAAUGUACCAUAUAUUGAUGGCUAACCAUCUCUUUUACUUAUUGUCUUGCUAUAAAAGGACCUUUUUUGUGCUGUAUAA